GUUUAUGUUUCCACGUGAUGCAUACGCGUACAAUGGAAGUUGUUCAAUUACAAUUUGUUUUCUUACUCUUUUCUUGCUGACCUCUAAUUCAGUCCUGCGCCCUUUCUUCUUCUUCAACUGUUGCUUUCAACUUUGUUCACCUUAAUUCUUCUAGAGGGUUCGUCUGCUUUUUUUUAUAAUUGUUGGAAGUUUCACUAGUUGCUUUCCAACUUGGUGGUUGGUUUUUCUGCAUAAAGUUGCCAUCUGGGUUCUCUGGUCUUAUAUGUAAAGGUUCUGGAUUUGCCAUAUUCAAUUACGGGUUCUUUGAGUUUUGGGAUUAAUAAAGAGGUGCUCUUUUUGGGUUCCUAGCGAAGGAGGUUGUUUGGAGAAGAAAGGGUAGGUAUGUUUUAGAAAGUAGCUCACUUUGGCACUAUUCCUAAUCCUGUCCUGAUUUGCAACUCUUUCAUGAGCACCUUUAAGGUGAUAGAUUGAAGAUGCUGUUGAGUGGAAGAAAAAAGAGGAUAUAAAACGAAAAGCAAAUAGAGAUUAGCAUCUGCUUCAUUACAGACUCUCUCUCUUCUGGCUUGAAAAGCUUUUGAGUUCCACUAUUGUAGGAAGUUGGCUCAUUUGAUUUGAUUUGAUCUCCAGCUAUUGGAUUUAAGGAAGUUCUUAAGAGUUUCAUACUUUAGGCAUUAGGAAGCUGAAUAGGCCAUCCAUAAUGAAUCAGCCUAAAGUGAAGCGUAGAGUGGGUAAGUAUGAAAUGGGAAGAACUAUUGGUGAAGGAACAUUUGCAAAGGUGAAGUUCGCAAGGAAUUCCGAGACAGGGGAACCAGUGGCUCUGAAAAUACUUGAUAAAGAGAAGGUUCUCAAGCACAAGAUGGCUGAACAGAUCAAGCGGGAGGUAGCUACAAUGAAGCUCAUACAGCAUCCAAAUGUGGUUAGAUUAUAUGAGGUGAUGGGAAGCAAGACUAAGAUAUUCAUUGUUAUGGAGUUUGUGACCGGAGGAGAGCUUUUCGACAAAAUUGUGAAUCAUGGACGUAUGAGGGAAGAUGAAGCCAGGAGAUACUUCCAGCAACUUAUUAAUGCAGUUGAUUAUUGUCAUAGCAGGGGUGUCUUUCACCGAGAUCUUAAGCCAGAAAACCUUCUGUUAGAUGCAUAUGGGAACCUCAAGGUGUCAGAUUUUGGUUUAAGUGCACUAUCACAGCAAGUCAGGGACGAUGGCUUGCUUCAUACAACUUGUGGGACACCAAAUUAUGUAGCUCCUGAGGUUCUUAAUGAUAGAGGAUAUGACGGAGCAACUGCAGAUUUGUGGUCCUGUGGCGUGAUACUCUUUGUAUUGCUAGCAGGCUACUUGCCUUUUGACGACUCUAAUCUUAUGAACCUGUAUAAAAAAAUUUCAGCUGCUGAGUUUACUUGCCCGCCUUGGCUGUCUUUACCUGCCAUGCAAUUAAUUGCUAAAAUUUUGAAUCCAAACCCACUUACUCGGAUAACAAUAUCCGAGAUUUUGGAGGAUCAAUGGUUUAGGAAAAAUUAUCAACCUCCCGUGUUCGAGGAGAAAGAGCAGCAACCCAGCUUGGAUGAUGUUGAAGCUGUAUUUAAGGACUCCGAAGAACACCAUGUAACCGAGAAGAAGGAGGAACAACCGACUGUUAUGAAUGCGUUUGACUUGAUUUCCAUGUCCAGAGGACUGAAUCUUGAGAAUUUGCUGGACACUGAACAGCCGACGUUCAAAAGGGAAACAAGGUUCACUUCCACGAGCUCAGCUAAUGAGAUCAUCCACAAGAUUGAAGAAGCAGCGAAGCCUCUCGGUUUUGAUGUCCAGAAGAAAAACUACAAGAUGAGGCUCGAGAAUGUGAAAGCAGGCCGAAAAGGAAACCUUAACAUCGCAACCGAGAUAUUCCAGGUAGCACCUUCUCUCCACAUGGUGGAAGUGCGGAAAGCAAAAGGUGACACUUUAGAGUUCCAUAAGUUCUACAAGAACCUCUCGACAUCCCUCGACGAUGUGGUGUGGAAGACUGAGGAAUGAGAACGACAUGCGAGUAGCGAAGUGAAGCGCAGAGGGAGAGAGAGCUGUAUAAUCACUGCUUUUGCCUUUGCCCCUAGUCUGUCAUUAUUGUACCAAGAGCUAUGUUGUAUCAUCCGUUCUAUAUCUUCAUUCUUUUUCUUUUUGGCCUCCUUCUUCUUUCUUUUGGGGUUUUGUAUAAUUAGCUUUAGCCAAAUUUGAUAAGGUUUAGGGACAUCUAUGGUUUCCCCCCUGGGUUUGGCAUCAUCUGUAAGUUAAGAGAGAUGUUGCUUAGCUAGCUUUCUAUAUACUUAAAUGUUUCUCGAGUGUGUCCUCUCAGGACAAUUCACUAAGGCGAUGUUGUAAGUUCUGAGAUUCACUAAGUGCAAUGUGCAAUCUAAGUUCUGAGAUUCACUAACCGGAUCGAAUCGAGAUUGUGUUGGAUUGAUUAGAGUGUAUCCCCUGUUAUAUUUUGUUCUGAAUUGGGUCGAUUUAAGAUAAAGAGUUGGAUUGAAUACAUAAGCAGA